GAAGACUUCUCUCCCGUGUGGCCACUGCAGCUCUCAGGGUGAGUCCCUCACUGGGCAUCUUCCCCAGGACUCUGCGGCACCUGGACAGUGAGCCUGAAGGUCUCCAAACCACAGGAGGUGGAAGGUCACACACAGACCCUUUGAGAUGGAUCGAGUGACCAGAUACCCCAUCUUCAGCAACCCUCACUCAGCACGUGUCACCAGCUUGGCACUGGAUGACGAAGAUACCAGCUAUACCGUUGAGCUAGUGGGCAUGGGGCCUGAGACUGGCUGGAGCCAGGGUGAUCUGCAGGCCUGGUCCACUGAGUACCAGACCAGGCCAGAUGUGAGGCAAACAAACAUGUCUCCCACCAGACGGGUCUUCUCUGGCCAGCAGGCUCCGAGGUCACUGUACUUGGAAGAUGAGGAUGAGGAGAUGAAGGCUUACCACCUGGAUGACAGCAGUGAUGUCCUCUGCAGGCGGCCGAGGGACCUGGAGGCUGAGCACCGGGCAGUCAGGAAGGGUGGCACGGUGGCCACACUCCAGGCUGCAUCAGACCAUGGAGACCCCAGGAUAGCCAGCCAGCCUCAGUCCGAAUUCACAGAGGAGAUCUUGGUGGACACGGAGCAAAUUGAUUUCCUGGCUGCUCGACAGCAAUUCCUGAGUUUAGAAAAGGCAAACAUGAGCCCAGUCACGUGGAGCCCUACAGCCAGGGAGACCUUUGCACGUACCCCACCAGGCAUCAACCAGGCCCCCAAGGCCUCCGCUGGUCCCCACGUAGCCAAUGGCUAUGCCAUUUCUGUCAUGUCACCAAUGAAGGAAGUAACCUUGGAGGAGUCUUUCCAUGUUUCCCCAGCUACAUCCAUUCGUAUAGCCAAUGACCCUGUCCUCCAGACCCAAGCAUUGUCCCCCGAGAUCCCCAAAGAGACACCCAUUGAGAGAGAGAUCAGACUAGCCCAGGAGCGAGAGGCAGAGCUGAGGGAACAGAGAGGGCUUAGGCGGGCUUCCGGGCAUCAAGAGCUGGUACAGAUCCCCAGCAGGCCACUGCUCAGCAAGAUGAGCCUGACGGACACACCCCCACGAAGAGACAGGGGCCGCCCGUCCCUCUACGUGCAGAGGGACAUGGUGCAGGAGACACAGCGAGAGGAGGACCAUCGACGAGAGGGUCUGCAGGUGGGCAGGGCAUCCACACCUGACUGGUCUUCCCAGGACCCUCAGCCUGGGCUCCAGAGAAGCCUGAGCUCUGACUGCAUCCUCAGCCCAGAUGCCCGAGCCACAGACCCAGCUCCAGAGGCAAGGAAAAUCAACCGGAUCCCACUGGAUGCCUACCAGCCAUAUCUGGGCCCUGGGACUCCCAAACUAGAAUUCUCAGCCUUUGGAGUAUACAGCAAGCCAAGUGGUGUCUCCACAGAAGACACUAAGACCACAGCCUUCCGGAAGGCCACAGAGUCUUCAAGGCACGUCUCAGAAUCCUCUGGAAGAUCUCUGAGCUCAAAACAAGAGUGGUCCAAGCCUCCUGGAAAGCCUGCCAAUGGGGGUGUUGUGAGAUUGGGGAAUUUCCACCUGCGUCCACUGCGAUUCAAGGUCCCGGAUGUCUCCCAGGGGGCUGAGACCUCCCAUACCUGGGGCUGGGAAGUGGCUGGAGGCCCUGUGUUAAGGCUACAGAAGUCACAGUCCUCUGACCUGCUGGAGAGGGAGAUGGAGAGUGUCCUGCGGAGGGAGCAGGAGGUGGGUGAGGAGCGGAGGAAUGCCUUCUUUCCAGAGGUGUUCUCACCAGUGCUGGACCAGGAUGAGAGCCAUGAGCAAGACUCCCGGAGCUCCUCCCGGGCAUCGGGCUUCACCGGCAGCUAUUCAGUGUCGGAAUCACCGUUAUUCACCCCCGUUCACCUGAAUUCGGGCCUGGUGUGGAAGGUGGAAGCCCCAAAGGAUAGCGCCCCACAGGAGCGGAAGACAAGGAAGGAGACGUGGGUGAGUCAGCUUGACUGA